UCGGGGACGGGAUGAAGAAGGACUGGCUUGAUGCGCGUGGUUUGCACGUGCUGCGCAGAUGACCAGUAAGGCCAGGUCUGAAUCCAGCACGCGGUCCUUUGUCAUCAUCGCCUGAACCUCGAACAACGCUUACACGCAAGGGAAAGGACCAGAAAGCUUACAAACGUUCGACGACAUGUCCAGCUUAUUCCAAAUCCAGGUUGAGCCAACAAAUCAUACCAUCCCAACUCUCUGCCCGCUUACGCUCCGGCUUCAAAUCCCGCCAUUUCGUCAAAACCCAGUCGCCAUGCCCAAGUUCGUGAAAUGGUUCCGAAAGGCCGAGAGGUGUGGCAAAACGCCGCGGCCGGAAAUACCAGUCAUAGUCCACUGUCCUCGCGCGAUGCACCAAAUGGAAUGGGAUGACCGCCGCCGACCAAUCAAUCCGAAUAGGCCACAUAUCAUGUUCUCCGGGCGUUCUGCUCAGCAGAAUAUUCUAGUCGUCAUCCAGAACGCCCACGGAGCCACAGACGGCCAGGGCCUGAUCACUCUCCUAGAAAAGGAGACGGGGGAAGACAUCGUCCGCAUGUGUAACCCCACGACGGAGGACUGGCUCCCAACAUACUUCUGUGCUGGAUAUCCCUAUCAGUUGAUUUUCGUUGAAGCUUCUUCAGAUUAUACUGCUUUGAGGGAUCGAUAUAUCCGUGAUGCGGAUCACUUUGGUCUUUUCCUCAACUACGACACGUCGUCCACUGAGUCAUGGGAUGAGAUGAUCGCCAGUUACGAGGACAUUAGCAGCCGGUUCGAGGACGGUGUCAACCCAUUCCCCACCGUCAUGGCCGCCAUGUGCGAAGGAUCCGUAUCGCAUGAAGAAGCCGAGAGGUCUGCCCGGCAGCGAUCCUGUCGGUUUUUCUAUUAUUCCCCUGUCACAGGCCGCGGGCUUUGCACGGCCUUUGCGUCGAUUGUCGAACGUGCCCAUGCCACCAGGUUGCGAUACGCCACAGAUCCGGACGGCUUCCAGGCCGCCGUCAAGACAACGGCCGAGGUUGUCCAGAGCCUGUUUCCCAGCGCUCUGUGGUGAAAGACCCUGAUGAAUGAGUGAGGAAAAAAUUGCUUCGCUUUAUUUAUCGAGCUUCGAUGAUAAACCGCUCAAGAGUGGAAGAAGGGCCCGUUGUAUCAAUGAAGGAGCACGCUGGAAUAGGCGAGACGUCACCA